UCCAGUGGUACGUCGUACGUGGUAUAUUCGUGGACAUCCCAAACAUGAAGCAAGUGUGCAUUCUUCUAGCAGUGCUGCUCUGCACGGCAGCCGUCGCGGACGCCAUAGUGUAUGUCUACGCGUCUUCGUGUGCGAGAUGCAAUAGCAUCGGAUCGGUUAGCUGUGGCAGUGGAUACGGGAAUAUGGUCUCAUGCAUUGGCCAGAUGGCCAUCAAUAGCUGUUCAGAUUGCAGACGAAUAGGGGGUGUCUGUUCGGGCUACUUCAGUGCCUAUUGCAUGCUGUAUUAAAACUAUCUCAAUUUCUUUAAAUGGUGGUAAGGAACUCCAAUCUAAAUCAACGAAUGGUUUGCAUCUUGGCAAGACACUACCGAUAUCUUGGGUGCAUGGAUCAUCAAUUCAGUUCUUAUGUGUUUGUUAUGUGUAGAAACUUGUGAGGAGCGCUAUAUCACUCCAGAGCUCUAUGAAGUUGGUGAACAAGUUAUGCCUAGAGAAUAAAUCUUCUCGUCAUUUGUGGAAAAUAUGUCGUGGUGGUAAUAUUGUUCUUUCAAAUGUGGAAAUCUAGGUGCUCGUGACUGCUUCAUCUCCGACUAUUUGAGACACAGUGGAAUGUCCAUUAGGAUAAUAUAUCCGAGAAAAGUGUAUGUGUUGAUGCAGUGAUCUAGUAAAAUCAAGAGAUUAUUUAAAAACGAACCGACGGUAGUCAUCAACACCAUUACCUGUAAAUGGAGCCGGAAAUUUUUAACGACCUUUAGAACACUAUA